AUGUCGAACAUCAAAUCCGUAGCCAUCAUCGGUGCUGGUCCUUCCGGUGCCGGAACCCUCAAGGCCAUGGUCAAGGAGGGCCACUACACCAAGCUUGUUGCUUUUGAAAGAAGACCCAAUUUCGGGGGCUUGUGGAACUACACCACCGAAACAGACCUGGAAACCACCCCUGUGCCCUGCGAGGAGCCCACCUUGGAGGUCCAGCCCAUCCACAAGAAGGACACUGGCAAGUACGUGUGGGCUGCUCCUGUGUACAACUACUUGGACACCAACGUGCCCAAGGACAUCAUGACCUACGCUGGCAAGCCGUUCCCCGAGGACACUCCUGUUUUCCCACACAGAUCGCAGGUGUUACAGUACAUGGUCGAUUAUAGUCAGGAAUUGAUUCCCUACGUGAGAUUCAACACCAAGGUGGUCAACGUGGAGUUGACAGACGACCAGAAAUGGAGGGUCACCUCCAGAUUGGUGGUGGCUGAGACCAACGGGUCUGCUGUUGCUUCAGAACUCCCUGAGUUUGCUGAUACUGUCGAGAUCUUCGACGCAGUGGUGAUUGCCAGCGGAAACUACGACGUUCCCUACAUUCCCAACCGUCCAGGAAUGAGCGAGUGGAACAAGAAGUACCCAGGGUCCAUUUUCCACGUCAAGGCGUACCGUCAACCAGAGGACUAUGCUGACAUCACCGAGAAAAUCGUGGUUGUGGGCAACUCGGCCUCUGGGGGUGACUUGGCCUACCAGUUGGCCACUGGCUUGAAGAGAAAGAUCUACAAGUCCAAGAGAUCUGAGAACCUCUUGCCCUCGGGAAAGAGUGACUUGAUUGUGGAUGUGCCCGACAUCGUCAACUUCGAUGCUGAAACCAAGACCCUCGAGCUCAAGGACGGCUCCAAGUUGGAGGGCGUGGGAAUCGUUAUUUUUGCUACUGGCUACCUUAAAUCGUUCCCGUUCCUCGACCAAUUGAACAAAACCGACAAGCCGCUCUUGACGGAUGGUCACAGAUUGCAUGGUAUCUAUGAGCAUAUCUUGUUGUACAACUACCCCAACCUUGCCAUCAUUGGUAUUGCCAGGUACGUGUUGCCCACCAGAGCUGCCGAGACCCAAGGUUGUUGGUUGUCCAAGAUCUGGUCUGGCAAGGUAGCGUUGCCCUCGAUUGAAGAGAUGAAGAAGUGGGAGAUCGAAGAAGCCGAAAGAAGAGGCGGAAACGGAAAGACCUUCCACGACUUGCUUUUCCCCCACGACGUGCACUACUCCAACCGCUUGAACAACCAGAUCUUGGACUCCGUCAAGGAAGGAGAAAACCCUGGCUUGAUUCCUAAGCUUUGGGACAAGGAACAGACUGCCAUUAGAGGAUCUCUCAAGGGUAUCAAGGAGGCCUACAUCCAGUACAAGGAGAUGACCGGAAUUGCAGUCACCUCCUACAAAGAGUUGGUGGAUGCCAAGGUCAUUGACCAAAUCAUGAUUUCUGACGAGAAGUUGAAGGAGCAUGGCUUUAACUUCUAA